CCAGCGCCAGCUCGGACACAGCGAUGCUCAGCAGCAGGGACAGGGACAGCCCCGCUCUGCACGCAGCCAUAUCCCGGCAGGACCCAACGCCCCAGGCAGGAUCCAGCGCCCCGCAGCCAGCACCGCUCCAAGCGCUCCCCACAACCCCAACGCUGAGCCGUUUCCGCGUUGCCUUUGCCCAGCGGCACCCAGGUGGGUCCUUUUGUUCCCCAGGUGCUGGCACCGAAGGGGGUUUCCACCCAACGCGGCACUCCCAGGGAUGGGCACAACGCCCGGCAGCCACCUGCCCUGCGGCCGGGCCGUGAGCGGAGGGGAAUGUUGGGUGUGCGCGCAGCCGGCAGCCGCGGGAUGCAGCGGAGCGCGGUUUCCUCAUGCCCGAGGCUGGGGGCGAAGCCCGCGCCGCGCACGGGGACGGUACCAACGGGGGAAGCGCGCUGCCCAGCGCCGCUCCCCCGGGCCGAGGCGCGGAGCCGCUUCCUCGUGCCCGCGGGGCGGGGAAAGGGUGGGGGCCGCUCGGGGAGGUCACGCCCAUGUCACUGCCCACACUCCCUCCCCCCCCUCCGGCCCCGCCCCGUGUUGUGUAAACGCCCGCUCCGCCGCCGCCACGUGGGGUCGGGCCGCGGUUCGGAGGCUCUGCGUGGGGUUGAGGAUGCCGCGGGGCAGUGGGAAGGGGAGAAAGGAGCGGGAUGCGGGGACGGAGGAAGAGGAGGCGGCGGCGGCCGAGGCCGUGGGCACACUGGAGGCCGCGGUGCGGGAAGCCCGGCGCAGGGCAGCCCCGUCGGUGCGGGAUUUCCGCUACAACAAGCAGCGGGCCCGGCUCGUGUCCCGGGGCUCCGAGCUGAAGGAGGGCGCCGAGUGCAUCCUGUAUUGGAUGUUCCGGGACCAGCGGGUGCAAGAUAACUGGGCUUUCCUCUACGCCCAGCGCCUGGCCCUCAAGCAGGAGCUGCCUCUGCGCGUCUGCUUCUGCCUGGUGCCCUCGUUCCUGGAUGCCACCAUUCGCCACUAUGGCUUUAUGCUGAGGGGGCUGCAGGAGGUGGCCAAGGAGUGUGCGGAGCUGGACAUCCCCUUCCACUUGCUGCUGGGCUCCCCUAAGGACGUGCUGCCCGGCUUUGUGGUGAAGCACAGUGUGGGCGGGCUGGUGACAGACUUCUGUCCCCUCCGUGUCCCCCGGCAAUGGGUGGAGGAGGUCAGGGAUCGGUUGCCUGAGGAUGUGCCCUUUGCACAGGUGGAUGCCCACAACAUCGUGCCCUGCUGGGUCACCUCCUCCAAGCAGGAGUACAGCGCCAGGACCAUCCGGGCCAAGAUCCACAGCCAGCUCCAGGAGUUCCUCACUGAGUUCCCUCCUGUAGUUCGGCACCCGCAUCCACCACCCAACCCCCCAGAGCCCAUUGCAUGGGACGCCUGCUACUCCAGCCUGCAGGUGGACCGCACGGUGACAGAGGUGACAUGGGCGACCCCUGGCACUGCUGCUGGGCUGGCCAUGCUGCAGUCCUUCAUCGCCGAGCGGCUCAAGUCCUUUGGCUCACAGCGGAACGACCCAAACAAGGCAGCUCUCAGCAACCUUUCUCCGUGGUUCCACUUUGGCCAGGUGUCCACCCAGCGAGCCAUCCUGGAGGUGCAGAAGCACCGGCACACCUACAAGGAGUCGGUGGAUGCUUUUGUGGAGGAGGCUGUGGUACGGCGGGAGCUGGCAGAGAACUUUUGCUACUACAAUGAGAACUACGACAGCGUGCGAGGUGCCUAUGACUGGGCGCAAAGCACAUUGAAGCUCCAUGCCAAAGACAAGCGGCCUUUUCUCUAUGAGUUGCCCCAACUGGAGCAGGCUACCACGCAUGACCCACUCUGGAACGCCGCUCAGCUACAAAUGGUGCGGGAGGGCAAGAUGCACGGCUUCCUGCGGAUGUACUGGGCCAAGAAGAUCCUGGAGUGGACCCGCAGCCCUGAGGAAGCCCUACAGUUUGCCAUCUACCUCAACGACCGCUACGAGCUGGAUGGGAUGGACCCCAACGGCUACGUAGGCUGCCUCUGGUCCAUCUGUGGCAUCCACGACCAGGGCUGGAAAGAGCGGGAUGUCUUCGGGAAGAUCCGCUACAUGAACUAUGCUGGCUGCAAGCGCAAGUUUGACGUGGAUCAGUUUGAGCGCCGCUACGCCCACUGCAAGUGACGGGGAUGCGGAGGGGUCAGGGACCUUGAGCUGGCUUGCACUGCUCCUUGCACAGGUGGAUGUGCCUUUUGCACGGUGCCGGCUUGCACUGACACAGGGUUGCUCUGGGUGGUGGUGGAGGGCUGGCUGCAACAGCAGCAAGCCUCAGGGUUUUGUUGUAAGGCUUAUGGUUUUAGCUCCUGUGUUAGCAGUGCAGUGCACAAGGCCAGGUGCAUGGAUGAGGGAUGCAGCCGCCUUGUCCCUGCUCACACUGAAGCUGAGCCCCCUGCCAGCAGCAAAAAAAAAAAAAAAAAGAAAAAGCUCAGGACACAACCCCACCUCAUUAAUUUAGUUUAUUAGGGACGGCAUUUUCAUUGCUACGCUGUGCAGCAGUCCCAGGGGGAGGGCUCCAGUGAAAUGCUGGGGCAGUUUGUGGUUUUCCCUUACAAACAGUUGAGGCCUUGGCAAGCUCCAGCAUCCCAUGUAGCCGUCAGUGCUGCACUGUCGGGUGUUAGUGUUGUACAUCACCUUGCUCCAGAGCCCUCUGCCAGGCUUUAAGUCCCCAUUGCUUUCAGACGGAGGGAGGAAAACACAAAUAAACCCAAAUCCAUUCGCUUUUCUCUAAA